UGGGCUGGUGUACCUCAUCAAGUGUCCAUGAAGAAGUUGAGAAAAAUGAAGUGAGGGACUUCCUUUUUUGACAUUUUUUUUUUAAAACGCCACCGCCCCACCCCCAUCAACCUUCUUCCGCUCAUGCAAAACACCAAGCGCCACGUCGUCGUCUUCAACUUAAGUCUUCAACGUCCAGCAGCGCAGGUCCAGCAGCCCUUUUCCAAACUCAAGACUUUGUUGUGAUCGUCAGGAUUUUGUAGUAUCGACCGUUUGUGAGCGCAGAUGGCGUCGGCGUGCCGCCGCCGGCACCCGCUGAUGGCGCUGUUGGUCGUCAUGGCGACGGCGGGGGCCGCCGCAAUCGAUCAGAACAGAUUGGCCACGCUGGUCGACGAGAUUCUCCGCAAGUUCCGAGUGGAAAGCAAGAUGCCCAUGUUCAGUCUGGCGGUGAGCGUCCCGCCCGGCGCCGGCGCCGGCACUUACGACCUCGAUCGAGUGCGGGACGAGCACGUGAGGAAGACCGUCCUGGGGUGCGAGGUCUACGCGGGCCACGACGUGGUGGCCGCCAUCCGCCUGCGCUGGCCCGACGUGGCCUGGCAUUGCCCCAGGGCGCAGGUGCCGUGGGAGGACGUUCUCCGAGCGUGCGGGCGCAAGCCCAUGAUGACCUGGCGCGAAGUGGCCACCUUCUGCCCCGGCGCCGUGCAAGACGGCCGGACGGACCACGCCGAAUACCGGGUCCUCCUGAAGUUCGCCGACUGGGCUGCGCAUAAGGAGGACAAGUCGGGUCUCCUGGUGCUGUACGUCUACGCGGCGCCCUGCGAGGCGCGCUGCGCUAGCCAAAACAACGCGGCCAGCAUCCUCAAGCUGUUGGAGGCCAUCCGGGGCUGGAAGGACUACGUGGUGGUCUUCUCCAAGCUGCUGACUGUCAAAACGUUGAGGGAGGGCACCUCCAUACCCGCCGAAAGGCUGACCAAAGCCCUGCGCAACCUGGGCAGACAUUUGGGACCAGACGGCCUGGCAAAGAUCUUUCGCUGCGACCGGCCGGACGACGACGACAACGGCGCCAUGACCUGCACCAGCUGCUCCACCGGGGGCCAGGUCACGCCUCACUGCUACCGGAAGGAAGGCGACUCAGAGGAAGGGAACCAGCGGGGUGGGGCGCCGGCAGUGGGCGGGGCACCCGGGUCCGCCGAAGCGGGACCGGGCGGGCCACAAGGAGCGAGUGGGGCGGUAGGACGGGGUCAAGGGGGCGCACGAGGAACAGGAGGGGCACACGGAGAGUGGCAAACAGUGGGGCAGAGAAGAAGGCGGCCAGGUGGAGGGGCACAAGGAGGAAGACGAGGGCGGGGCCAAGGUGGCGAUGUAGCUUUCCAAGGGGGACAAACAGGAAGUGGGCCAAGACGAGGGGGACAAGGUGGCGGUGGGGCAGUACGAGGGCGACAAACAGGAAGUGGGCCAGCACAAGGGGGACAAGGUGGCGGUGGGGCAGUACGAGGGGGGCAAACAGGAAGUGAGGCGAGGCGAGGGGGCCAAACAGGAAGUGAGGCGAGACGAGGGCGACAAACAGGAAGUGGGCCAAGACGAGGGGGACAAGGUGGCGGUGGGGCAGUACGAGGGCGACAAACAGGAAGUGGGCCAGCACAAGGGGGACAAGGUGGCGGUGGGGCAGUACGAGGGCGACAAACAGGAAGUGGGCCAGCACAAGGGGGACAAGGUGGCGGUGGGGCAGUACGAGGGCGACAAACAGGAAGUGGGCCAGCACAAGGGGGACAAGGUGGCGGUGGGGCAGUACGAGGGGGGCAAACAGGAAGUGAGGCGAGGCGAGGGGGCCAAACAGGAAGUGAGGCGAGACGAGGGCGACAAACAGGAAGUGGGCCAAGACGAGGGGGACGAAGGCGGGGGUAAGGUGGAUAUGGGGCAGUAUGAGGCAGACAAACAGGAAGUGGGCUAGUAUGAGGGAGGCAAGCAGGAGAUCAGGCAGCACAGGAGGGGCGGGGGGGUUGAGGUUGUAGAUGGCAACAACUUUUUGUUCACCCUUCAUAAAUCUGCUUGCUAAUGCCAGCACGCCAACGUGACAAAUGCUUGAAAAUGAUGUAACAAAGAAAACAAAAAAAAAAUAGAACCCGCUCAGCAUUAAAGCUUUCAGCAAUCAA